AAACCACACAGGCAGUAGGCUUCUGCUUUCUUUUUCGAUCGGACGUCGAGAGAUGUCAGAGCCCUGUCAUUGGUCAGUCAGGAGAAGAGGGCCCUUAAACCAUGUGAGACUCCUGCUGUUGGCCGUUCUGGCAAUCAUGGUACCCGUGCCUGCGUUUGUCUCGAUCUUUCCUGCUCCGCCUCGGGCGCCGCGUCUACAUGCUGGUGGCGGAGGCAACAGCGUAAAUCGGGAAGAAUUGCGGAAAAGCCUGGUUGCCGAAGGCCUUGACGACAUCUUGGCGGCACGCGCUGUGGAGGCAGCGGACAAAGCCGUCAGCAUCUGGGAAAUGCAGGUGAUAGACUUUUGUCGGCCCCCCGAGGUAGCGACCAUGACCAGAGUCCUUGGUCGGGUCGCCGACCUGUCUAUCACCUGUGACGGAGGCUUUCCCCAAGCUGAACGGCAACGUGUAUUUUUCUCUCGUGCGCUCGACUAUGCGGUGGACGAGGAAGACGCACGCAAGGAACGGGGAGGCUACCUAGCUGCCAUUUCCGUGGAAGGUAACUUUAUUUUCGAUCGGGCCACCCACCGGGAUUUUCUGGGCGCAUUGCUGGGGACAGGCAUAGCAAGGGAAAAGGUCGGAGACAUAUUGCUCCAAGGCGAACGCGGCGCGCAUGUGGUCGUGGCGCCUGACGUUGCCGAAUAUGUGGUGCUCUCUCUGGCCGCGGUUCGAAGCGUGCCUGUCAAGAACAAGCCCAUUGCCUUGGCUGACUUGGGAGUGCGGCCGCCCGUCACGAAGGAGAUGCAAUCUGUGGAGGCCUCCAUGCGCCUGGACGCCGUCGCCAGCGCCGGGAUGGGGAUGAGUCGGAGUAAAUUGAAGGAUAUGAUAGAAGGCGGAGACGUCCUAGUCAACUGGAAAGAAAUCACCUCUGCGAACGCGCAGCUCAAGGGCGGGGACAUUGUAACCAUUCGGGGGAAGGGGCGUUUGGAAGUGAACGAGGUGGAGACGACAAGCAAAGGGAAGUUUCGUGUAAAGAUGACGAAAUUUGUCUAAUUUUGCGAGGAGUGCAGCAUGAAAGAGGAGUUCAUAAG